AUGUAUGUGUUCAACGUCUUGAUAGCAGCAGCAGCUCUUCUUGCAUCUGAAGGGAUUUUGGUUCGAGGACCUGCUCAGCCUCUGGUCGCACAGCUUGGAAGCUCCAUGAUUUUGCCUUGUUUUGUUGAAACACCUUUACCUUUGGAUGUGCUGGAGGUCGAAUGGAAAAGGACGGAUAAAGAAGAACUGGUGCACUUGUUUCAGAAUGGAGAGGACAAACCUGAGGCUCAGUAUCAGUCUUACAGAGGCAGAGCAGGGUUUUUUUCUGAGCAGGUCCUUAAGGGAAACUUUUCACUCCUUUUAGAAAACAUAACAGUUGCAGAUGCUGGUAGCUACAAAUGUGUAGUUUACUCCUAUCUGGAGGUUGGAGAAACUUAUGUUACAAUUCAGUAUGUGGAGCGUGUAGUUGUGACAGGAGAAGAUCAGAUUCUGUUUGCUCGUGUUGGUGAGGAUGUGGUUUUAAAUUGCAUGGUCGACUCGCACAUUCCUCCUGAACACUUCGAUGAAGUCUCGUGGAAGAAGAUGGACAAGCGGUCAGACAUCAUUCCUGUCUUACUUUUCCAAAACGGGACAAUACUCACAGGAUCGUCUGACAGGUUUUACAGGGACAGAGUCGAGUUUUUCAGAGAACAGUUUCCCAAAGGCAACUUCUCAAUGAGAUUAAAAAACGUCCAGACUGCAGACAAGGGCAAAUACAUUUGUGAAGUCCAUACCGAAUAUUCUGUGAGAUCUGCAACAGUGGAAAUAGGGCAGCUAGGUAAGUUAAUUGACAAAUCUAUUCAUGAGAUGUUUAGGGGGGCUGCUAUUCAGCGAGGAUGCAUUCAAUUGAUUGUUUAUUUAGAAAAAAACAUUAAGAAGCACAACGGUGCCAAUAGCCUAGUGCAGGGGUAUUAAACUCAGUUCUUGAAGAGCUCAAUUGGUACGAUUUGGUGUGUUUAAUUAGAGUUGAACUAAACUGUGCCAAGCUGCAAGAGUUUGACACUGCUGACCUAAUGGUAAAUGCAUUGACAUAUUGUGCCUGUUUCGUUGUUCACAGCUUGUGGACAAACAAUAUAGAAAACUUGGUACUGGAGGGCCGGUGUCCUGCUGAGUUUUGUUUGAAGUCUUCUCAACACACCUGCCUGAGUGUUAUAAGAAUACCUAGUAAGACCCUAGUUAGUGUUUGGAGUAAGUAGGUUGUGAAAGAUUAUGUGCGUUUUAGUUCAGUUGCAUUUACAUUGAUUAAACUCUGAUGUGAUAUGAUGGGGUGACCUGUGCCUCAACCCCCACAAACUGAUAGGUGUGAAUUUAAUGACCCUUUUACAAUCUCAAUGGGUAUUAGCAAAACAACAGCUGAAACAUCUGAUAAGAGGGCCCUGCUAAGCCUCUUAGGGCGUACUCACACUAUGCCAUCCGUACCGUGCCCAGGCCCGUU